GAUGGUCAAACACACGGAGAGUUCACUCUUCUAAGAGUUCAUCUCCUCUGUCCUUGUGGAACGUGGCCCGUCGCAACUGUCCCGAAGCAUUCGUCGACGCAGGAUUGCCAGGCAAGAUGGAAGGGCCGCGCUCGUAGUGUUAAGUCAUUCACCGCGUCAUCGGGCUUGGAGGCAACGCCCCGGCCACAGAGCCCAGCAGCGCUCAUGUCUUCCAGCCGGGCACCCAGCUCUGGCACGGCACGGAGCUCGCCACAGCUGCUACAGGAGGCAAAACAGCUCAAGGCUAGCCUCAAGGCGCUCUUAGAGGAGAGCCAUGCAAAGCCCAGUAGUGGAGAGGUCGAGUUCGCCAGGAAGAACCUGCGGAAUACGCUUCUGAAUCUCCUCUUCGGGCAUCCAUUCACCCGCGACUCGCACGGCAUCGACGUCUUUUUAUGGAUUGAGACCACGCAUCCGCUUGUAGCAUCCUACCGCGCGCUGCUUUCUGAUCUUAAGAAAGUUAUCCACGCAGGUAAAGUUCCCUACACAGCCGAUGGCAACGAUGCCGCGGCCGCUCAGCCAGCUCUUAACAAGUCUGCCAAAAAGCAAAAGGCGGCAGAGUACUCAAAGACGCUGUCGGACUUUCGCAAAUUUCUAGCUGCAGAAGAGACCUUUUGGCAGGAGUUGGCCAGCCGCGUCGUCCGAGUCUUUGGCUUGGAAGAGGCUCGCGUAUGCCUCGAAGCCCUGGACAUCCCUUGCGAUGACAAUGUCAGCGCAUCAGAUGCGACAUGGACAACGUCCGGAGAUAUGACGUCUGCAGCGUUUGAUCGGUCAGCUCGUGUUGCCCCUGCGCCAAGAGAGGUAGAAGGGGAUGUCAAAUAUGCUGCCCAGCAGCCGAGCAACCGUCACCGACUCCUCGAUGUGAUGCACAAGGCACUCAUCUGCUGCGGGGAUCUUGCGAGGUACAGAGAGAUGUACAACGAGCCGCAGAGUCGUUCCGAAGGCCCACAAACUAAUCGCGAGGGUAAAGGUGUUUCCAAAUGUGGCCGUGGUGGUUCCAAUGGCCAACGGCUUCGACCGGUGCUAAAGAAGGCUGAGUACAGCCGAGCAGUCGCCUGUUACGAGCAAGCACGGACGCUACUCCCCAAUAAUGGCAAUCCAUCCAAUCAAAUUGCAGUGAUCGCCAUGUAUCACCACGAUCACUUCAGUGCCGUCUAUCACUACUACCGGGCGCUUUGCGUCAAGACGCCAUUCGAUUCGGCUCGUCAAAAUCUUGAAAGUACAUUCAAAAAGGCUUUGGGGUUGUGGAGAAACGAUGGUGCCUCAAGCGCAAAAGCCGUCGCGAACCGAAAGCGUGACCGCACCACAGAUAUUUGGCUUCCAGACUUUGUUGCACUACACGCCAUGUUCUACCUCAGAGCUAGCUUGAAGGACAUGCUUGUACUGGCUGGAAGAGUCCACGCGAAUUUGGCCGCUUUACUUCGCGACCGCGCUUUGCAGACCGACCAAGUGGUACACCUCAUCGUCAUUGCCCUUUCUGCAUCCUGGACCGCCAGGCUAUGGAAAAGCUCUGCAUCCUCGAAAUCUGACGCGACGAGUAACACAAAUCCUGCGGCAUUGGUGCUUGAGCGCAGGCAUCGGCUUAGCGUCGAACUGCAGAUAAUGAGCCACGUACUGGUCUUAUUCAAGGUCUUGGCCGACAUUUCUCGCUCCGAGUGCGACGAGGCAGUCCAAGCUGCUCGCGAUGCUGGCACUGUUCCCAUGAAUCAGAAAGCUGUUUCGACGAACAUCACCGCAGUCUUUCGGCGCAUGCUCCCGGCGCUCCGAAUCUGCAACAAGUGGAUCAAGAGCCAUCUCGACUACGUACAGCGAUCUACGGAAAAGGCUGCCAAAGCCGAGGAAGAUUUGCGGCAAGCUCUUCAGGGAGCAACAAACUAUUCUGUGUACGGAUCAGCAAAGUCGGAUCAAAAUGCAGCAGAUCAAAGCGUCAUCGAAAAUGUGACGGCCUUCUGGCGCUCGUACACCGACUUUAUGAACAGCCUCCGUUUUGCGUUCCCAUACGACAUGUUACCAGUCCUUGGCUCAGACGGUCCGCUUGGGGUUCCUUCUCUGUGUUUGGAAGAGGACCUCGAUAUGCGUGGCUUCGCCCCUAUCAAAAGGGCAAUGAUUCCGUUUGCAAAUGCGGGAAUGGGGGAUGCGUACGGCGUAGUCAGAAGCAAUGAGGCGCACCCCAACGAGGAGCAGCUCAUGCGCAUCUCAGACCUGCUUGUGGACGCCAAAGUCAUCGCCGAGUCCAGUGCCAGUCCGAUCGUCUAUGACGAUCUGCAAAAUGCUUUCUUUUUCCCAGCAGAUGUUAUCAAAGGCAAACGCCAGCUCCCGGGUGUGCUUGAAAAGCCAAAAGAUGCACCUACCACAGAUGGAAUGUCCGAAGGUGCUUCAGAGGCUACGGAGGACGUUGUGGAUCUCGCCAUGCAAGCGGUUGACCGCCGCGAAGGCGGGGACGAGUUGUCGAGAUUUACGGCUGAAGAAGAAGAAGAGGACGAACAUAUUCUCAUUCCUCAAGUCGCGAAGCCACAAGCGCAUCCGCUUGCCGGGAUGUUGCAACAACCGUCGUCUGCAUUCGAGGAUGCUGGUCGCGGUCCAGCCCCAGCCACAGCGCAAGAUCUACUGCUGCAAGUCCUCAACGGACCCAAGCAGCCAUCAACGGCACCACCUGGGGCGGAGCACUCUACCGCACUGCGCAGCCAAGCGUCUGCACUCCCGCGAGGGCACAUGCUGUUUGGAGGUAUUGGCAGCUCUCAGCACUCGUCUCUUGGCCCAUCGAGCAACAUCUGGUCUCCUGGGCCUGGUGAUGCUCACCGGCUGACACCUGGGCCUGGCGAAAGUGCAUGGCGUAGCGACGCAAACGCUAGCCCACUUCCACCUCCAGGCCACCCGGCUGCCUCGGCCUUCCACGAAGCGUUUUCUACCAGCCGAGGAGAGAACCCGGCAGGUGUCAUUGGCAGACCGUGCGCGCCAAGCUCACAAAGUGGUCUCACGGCUCAGAAGGACACCCUUUUCUACAAUGGCUGAAGCUCAGAAACGUGCGCGAUAAUCAUACCAUUAUCCCACCAGUCGCGCAGCCCCAUGUUCGCCUCUGGCGAAAGGCCUGCUGUUGCGCGCUGGUGCUGCUGCGGCUUGCAUGGCCAGGCUUCCCCGCGAGCCGUAGUGCACAAUGAGGGCUGAUCACACAUUACCAUGCAAGCAUCCUGUGGUCGGAUCUUGAAUAGGCCCAUUUGGCGCAUUGUCCCUUGGCUUCGCAUGCAGUGGCUCGGGCCUGCUCGCAUCAUACAUGUCAAAUCGGAAAGGUGGUGCUCCGUCAUAGAAAGCCUGCCUCUUUACCGCUUUCCUUCUCUUGCGCGUAUUACAACAGGACCAUUGGCUUCGAAGGCGUUUCGUUCGCGUUGAGGCUCUAUUUUGUAUUAUGCGAAAGUAAACAAAAAGGAGAGAC